CAGAGGGACUUUACAAAUCCAAAUCGAACCCCGACCCAUCCUCGACCCGGGUAGCUCUCCUCCCCGACCCACUUCUUCCUUGUCCUCGACAUCCGCCCCCAUGUGAAGUUCUCCAUCUCUCUCUCUCUCUCUCCUUCUUCUUCGUCUGUCUUUCGUUCCGUACGAACUCAUACUUGCAGGAUGUCCUACGAAGCUCCAGUUGUUGGGAUGUGCAGUGAUGCUGGAAUUUGCGGCCGACUCUGUCCACUCAAGAUAAAAAGUAGAGAUAGUUGCAUUUCCCAUAGAUGCAAAGGUCUCACAUAUUUUUAUUAAAAUGGUCUGGCCAAGAAGAGUUACUUGCAGAGUUUUUGAGAUUAGACAAUUAGUUUUUUCCCCCUAUUUUACAGAAUCUGAUAAGCUUGUUUGGAACAUCACUGCUUCUGGGAUAUCUAGCUAGUGAUUAGGAAUUGCAGAAGGGCGAGUGGCUUUUCAAGGAUUUAUGUCUGCUCAUGGGCAUAAUGGGGUCUGAGAGCAAGAACUGUUCAGUUGAGUAGUAGUUGAGGCAGAGAUUUUGAAUUCAAUAUGACAAUUGAUAUGCCACCGGUUAUGGCCCAGAGUGUGAGAAUGAAUCAAUCUUCUCUGAGUUCCAGCAAUGGGAAUGAAACUCCUUUUCACAACAUUCCUGCUGCCUCAAAUGGGGAUGAAUAUGAUAGUGAUGGUUCUAAUAUUGCAAGGCUCACUCCAACAACUCUGUCUAUGGCUGUUCCAUCAGAAUUUGCUGGUGCUAUUCCCUUGAUUGAUCGAUUCCAGGUCGAGGGAUUUUUAAGAUCAAUGCAAAAACAGAUUCAUUCUGCGGGAAAACGUGGGUUUUUUUCUAAAAGAUCCAUUGGCCCACAAGUUCGGGAAAAAUUUACCUUUGAGGAUAUGCUUUGUUUCCAGAAGGAUCCUAUACCGACUUCUUUACUUAAAAUUAACAGUGACCUGGUAAGCCGGGCAAUGAAGCUGUUCCAGAUAAUUUUGAAGUACAUGGGGGUUGAUUCAUCUGAUCGUGUAACUCUGGUGAGCUUAGAUGAACGGAUUGAACUUGUUGGAAAAAUAUACAAGCAAACUUUGAAGCGUUCCGAGCUCCGAGAUGAACUUUUUGCGCAGAUUUCAAAGCAAACAAGGAAUAACCCUGAUAAGCAGUAUUUGAUCAAGGCAUGGGAGCUAAUGUAUUUGUGUGCAACAUGCAUGCCUCCUGGCAAGGACAUUGGUGGCUAUUUAUCAGAGUAUGUCCAUAAUGUAGCACAUGGCUCAAAUGCUGAUUCUGAGGUUCAAGUCUUUGCGUUGAAUACGUUAAAUGCUUUGAAGCAUUCUGUUAAGGCAGGACCAAGGCACAUGAUACCUGGGCGCGAGGAAAUUGAUGCUCUUUUGACUGGUAAAAAGCUUACAACUAUAGUGUUUUUUUUGGAUGAGACUUUUGAAGAAAUAACGUAUGACAUUUCAACAACUGUGGCUGAUGCUGUUGAGGAACUUGCUGGGAUUAUUAAACUUUCAGCUUACUCCAGCUUCAGUUUGUUUGAAUGCCGCAAAGUUGUUGGUGGUUCUAAAUCAGUUGAUCCGGGCAACGAGGAGUAUAUUGCAUUAGAUGACAACAAAUAUGUUGGGGAUCUGCUCACGGAAUUCAAGGCUGUGAAGGACCGAAGUAAAGGAGAGAUUCUGCAUUGCAAACUGACAUUAAAAAAAAAGCUAUUUCGGGAGUCUGAUGAGGCCGUAGCAGACCCAAUGUUUGUGCAGUUGUCAUAUGUUCAAUUACAACAUGAUUAUAUAUUGGGCAAUUAUCCUGUUGGAAGGGAUGAUGCAGCACAGCUGUCUGCAUUGCAAAUCUUGGUCGAAAUAGGAUACCUUGUUAGCCCUGAAUCAUGCACUGACUGGACAUCUCUUCUGGAGCGAUUCCUGCCCAGACAAAUUGCAAUAACCCGAGCCAAGCGGGACUGGGAGUUGGAUAUUCUCUCUCGUUACCAUUACAUGGAACAUAUAACAAAAGAUGAUGCAAGGCAACAGUUUCUUCGGAUCUUGAGAAUGCUUCCUUAUGGGAAUUCAGUUUUCUUUAGUGUCCGUAAGAUUGAUGAUCCCAUUGGACUUCUGCCUGGACGGAUUAUUUUGGGCAUUAAUAAGCGUGGGGUUCAUUUUUUCCGGCCAGUUCCAAAAGAAUAUUUACAUUCUGCUGAGUUGAGAGACAUAAUGCAGUUUGGUAGUAGUAAUACUGCUGUAUUUUUUAAAAUGAGAGUUGCAGGUGUCCUCCAUAUAUUCCAGUUUGAAACCAAGCAGGGAGAAGAGAUAUGUGUUGCCCUUCAGACACAUAUAAAUGAUGUUAUGUUGCGCCGCUACUCUAAGGCACGCUCUACUGCUAGUGGCUCAAUAAAUGGAGAUCCAUCAUGUAAUUUUAUGCCUCCUAGCAUGGAAGUGUAUGAGAAACGUGUUCAGGAUUUGUCUAAAGCUUUUGAAGAAUCUGCAAAGAAUGCUGAUAGUUUAUUAGAGCAAUUGCAUGAAAAGCAAAAGCAAGAAUUGAAAAUGCAAGAAGAACUAGAAAGUUUAAAUGAUGCCUUGAGAUCUGAACGACAAAAUCUAGCAGAAGUUAUAUGUGAUCGCGAUAAACUCGGACUAUUGUGUGAAGAGAAAGAUUCGGUGCUUCAAGCUGCACUAUCGGAGAAGAGGAGAAUGGAAGUAAAGCUGGCUAAGCUGGAUAAUCUAGAUGCAAAUGAUGUUGGAGAGAAUUUAAUUGUGACAGAUAAGGAGGUAUUACAUAAGCCACAAGAAGAAUUGAAAAUCCAUAAUGAGAAAUUGCAUGCAGCCGAGGAAGCUGCAAGGAGACUGUUAAAUGAAAAUAUGUUAUUGGAACAGCGGAUUCUAAGGCUUGAAAAGAAGAAAACGGAUGAGAUGAAAAUAGUUGAGAACUUUGAACAAGAGUGCAUUGCUUUAAGGCUUCAAGUGUCUGAACUUGAAAAGAAGCUAGAAAGAGUUGAACAAGAUUUAGUUGUUGCAGAGUCAACUGUUGAGAGUAGGAAUAGAGAUUUGGCUGCUAUACAGAAUAACUUGAAGGAGUUAGAGGAAUUAAGAGAGAUGAAAGAGGACAUUGAUAGGAAAAAUGAGCAGACUGCUGCCAUUUUGAAGAUGCAAGGGGCUCAACUAGCAGAGCUAGAGGUGCUUUACAAGGAAGAACAAGUUUUAAGGAAGCGAUAUUUUAAUAUGAUAGAAGAUAUGAAAGGAAAAAUCAGGGUUUUCUGCCGGUUGAGACCCUUAAGUGAAAAAGAGAUUGCUGAGGAAGACAAAGAUGUUGUCGCUAGCUUUGAUGAAUUCACAGUUGAACAUCCAGGGAGAGAUGAGAAAACAAAACAACACAUAUAUGAUCGUGUAUUUGAUGGCAAUGCCACCCAAGAGGAUGUGUUUGAGGAUACAAGGUAUUUGGUGCAAUCUGCUGUAGAUGGAUAUAAUGUCUGCAUAUUUGCUUAUGGUCAAACUGGUUCUGGAAAGACAUUUACAAUAUAUGGAUCGGAGAGCAAUCCCGGACUUACUCCUCGAGCUACUGCAGAACUUUUUAAAAUUUUAAGACGAGACAGCAACAAAUUUUCAUUCUCAUUAAAGGUAUGCAUGGUGGAGUUAUAUCAAGAUACACUUGUAGAUCUUCUUUUGCCAAAGAAUGCGAAGCGUUUAAAAUUGGAUAUAAAGAAAGAUUCGAAGGGCAUGGUUUUUGUGGAGAAUGUGAAUGUUGCGUCUGUUUCAACAUUUGAUGAACUAAAGACCAUUAUUCAAAGAGGAUCUGAACAACGGCAUACAUCUGGAACUCAAAUGAAUGAAGAAAGUUCAAGAUCUCAUCUGAUACUUUCAAUUGUAAUUGAAAGUACCAAUCUUCAAACUCAAUGUGUUGCUAGAGGAAAGCUGAGUUUUGUGGAUCUUGCUGGUUCAGAAAGAGUGAAGAAGUCAGGUUCUUCAGGUAGUCAACUCAAGGAAGCUCAAAGCAUCAAUAAAUCACUUUCGGCCCUUGGGGAUGUUAUUAGUGCUUUGUCUGCUGGUAGUCAACACAUACCUUACAGGAACCACAAGUUGACGAUGCUAAUGAGUGAUUCACUUGGUGGUAAUGCCAAAACACUUAUGUUUGUCAACGUAUCUCCCGCUGAAGCAAACUUGGACGAGACAUGCAAUUCUCUAAUGUAUGCAUCAAGGGUGCGGUCUAUUGUGAAUGAUCCUAGCAAGAAUAUUUGUUCAAAAGAAGUUGCUCGUUUGAAAAAACUAGUUGCAUAUUGGAAGGAGCAAGCAGGCAGGAGAGGGGAUGAUGAAGAUCUUGAAGAGAUCCAAGAAGAGCGGUUAGUAAGAGAUAAAACGGAUGGCCGUCAUUCCAUGUAAAUGUUAUGGAGGAAUGAGAAUGUUGUUAUGGCUUAUUAGCAUUGUCGGUUGGGACUUGCACAUUAAGGUGUAUAGUUGGAAAAUUUGAAAUUAGAUAAAAAAAAAAAAAAAGGGGGCGGGGGGGAUGGUGGUUGUAUAUUUGCUUAUGCUUUAUUAUUGAAUCUGUAUUUAUGAAAAACGAUAUUUUAAUUUAGCUGCUCAUUUGGACAGGAUGUGUAAUUUGUUUGUUCAUACAUGGUCACUAGUAAUCAUAAACAAGGUUUCAAGCA